AUGUCAUGUUCAAAAAUAUUUUCAGGUGAUUUACCUGAAUUAACAUAUGAAAUUAUCAAAUAUUUACAGAAUGAUGUUUCAACUUUACAUUCAUGCAUUUUAAUUAACAGAUUAUGGUGUCGUUUAGCGAUUCCAUUAUUAUGGGAAAAUCCAUUUUCAAUUCGUACCGGAAAUUAUAAUUUUAUUGAAAUGUAUUUACAUAAUUUAAAUGAUAAUGAUUUUAAAACAAAACCUUUAAAUACACUAUUCAAUUAUCUUAAUUAUAUAAAAUAUUUGAACACAUGGAAAUUCAUGAUUUGUAUUGAAAUAUGGUCUAAAGAUGCUAUUAGAACCUUAAAACCCGAAAAUAAAUAUUUUAUACAAAAUAUAAAUAUAUACUCAAAAGUUGAAUUUAUGAAAUUAAUUAGUAUAUCAUUAUUUAAAAUAUUUAUUGAAAAUGAAGUAAAUUUAUAUACCUUUGAUAUUGAUAUUAUCGAUCAUCGUUAUAAUGAAUAUUUUAAUGAUAUUUUUGAGUUAAUUAUACAAAAUAAUACAAAUUUUAUACAAAAUAUUAAAAAUUUAGGUUUUUAUACUAAUAUUUAUAAUACUUAUUGUUUUGAAGAUACUUUACUUAAAAAUCGUAUAUCACAAAUUAUUAAUUUACAUAAAAAUCUUAAAAGAAUUUUAUUAAGUCACGAUUAUUUACCUUUAUAUAAAUCAUUAUUGUUAUCAAAAGAUUCUAAUUGUUCAAAUACUUUAAAUACAAUCAUACUUUAUCGCAUCAAUUUUGGGAGUAUAAUCAAUCUAUUAAAUAAAGUAUUUGAACAAUUAAAUGUUAUAGAAUCUAUUCAUAUCAUUUAUUGUUAUUUUUUAAAUUCUAAUUUUAUUCAACAAAUUAUUAAUUUAUCUAAACCAUUUAAAUUAAAAUCCUUAUUUAUGAACGAAAAAUUACGAAUUGAAUUAUUACAAUUAUUAAUGCAACAAUCUGGUGAUUAUUUAGAGAAUUUCGGAUAUGAAUUUGAUUAUGAUAAUCAAUCAAAUCAACAAUUAUUAGAAUUAAUUACAAAUUGUAAAAAUAUCAAAUUUCUUGAUUUAUGUAAACUCAGAAUGAAAAUUAUUUAUCAAAUAUUCAAUUUAAUUGAAAAUGUUAAACAAAAUCUUAAUUAUCUUUCGAUUAGUAUAGAUGAUUAUCAAGAUAGUAAUAACAUUUGUAGUUCAACAAUAUUACAAAAUUUAGGACAAAUCCUUCCUUCUAAAUUAGAAUAUUUAAAUUUGGUUCUUAAAAUUAAAGCAAAUGAUUUUGAAGUUUUUUUAAAAAAUUCUAAAGAUAUUUUUAUUAAGGAAUUGUUAAUAAUGCAAAAAGGUAGUGAUGAUAUCUUACAUUAUAUAAAGAAAUUUAUUAUGGAAGAAAAAAGGGUUGAGUAUUUGGCUAUUUGGAAUUUUAAAUAUGGAGAUUUGCCUUAUUUUGAAAGUGAAGUAAAGGAAUUUGAGUUGUAUAAUAUUAAAUUAAAUUAUUAUUAUACAACACUUAUUCAUCCUUAUAAUUUUAUGAAGGAACUUGAUUAA